AUGGAGAAGGAUAUAGCUAUGGACGUGGACGAGCUCGACCCAGAAUGCUCGGCAGCUACCCUGAAACGCCCUUCCACUCCGGAGAUUCGCGUCCUAUCGAAGGAAGAACAAAUCAAACUCCGGGAGAGUCAGAAAACUCUUCAGAAACUUAUCGACAACGACGAGAUAGAAAGUUAUGUCAAGGGAUGGAAUCCGUGGGAAGAGAAGAAAAUCCACUUCCCAGCUCCCCCAAAGAAAACACUGAUGAAGUUCAAGAGAAACGAGCCCGGCAAGAAACAAAGCUCAAGCUCGACAAACUUCUCGGAUCCCGCCAAAUGGAAGAAGGUGACGGAUCUUCUCCAAAUGGCUUCAGGACUGUACCAGAACGUUUAA